AUGAACUUUAUCGAUAGUGUGGGCGUCAAACUGCUCAUUGAGAUUUUCAAAGAUAUGAAAAAACGCAACAUUCAUCUAUAUCUAAGCGAAUGUCGUUACGAUGUUCGUUACACGUUGGACUCGAUGGAUUUUUAUGGGAAUACGGAUGGUCGUAUAAUCUAUGUUUCGACACACGAUGCAGUUAUGGCCAUUCUGAUCGAAAUACAAAAUAGUAAGCAUAAAGGUCAGAUCAACUACGAAUUCUCUUUUAAUUUUUUUAGACUCGACGAUAGAAACUGUUUCGCAAACCAUCAUCACACAAUUCUGAGUUUUGACCUAGUGCUUUCUCUUUUUCUUUUCACAUUAAUCAGAAAACCGAAACAUAUCUUAUCAAAUAUUUUACUUAAUUCACACUAAUCACACAGCUAUUUAAACGUUUUUCAGUUUUUGUCUAGUAAUAAAUUUAAAGUACAGUCGUAUUCCAUUCGUGGGUGGUUCGGUGUGUGUUUGGGGUGCGUAUGUGUGCAUGAUUAUGGCUUAAUAGAGGACCGACAUUCACAUCAGCAUUCGCAACCACGCCCAUCCUCCCUAUUAAAACUGUUUGAGCGGGUAUGGGAGUGAGAAUUUGUUUUUCAUCCAAACCCACAAUCACACCCUGGCAAGGUAUUCAUAUUAAUCGCUUCAUCGAAUAGAGUUAGAUAGAUAGCAUCGAGUACUUUGUUGGGAAGCUCCCUGCCGAGGAGAAAAAAUCAAAACUAAAAUGGUUGCUGCGACCUUUUUUAGGUCUGUAUCACAGCUGUAUAGCAUAUGCGACAAUCGCGUCAAAUAAUCCUCUGGUAAUUUCAGGUCGAUUUUCGGGUGUGGGUAUUGGUGUGAUCUUCUCUUCACCACAUCUACACCCACCCAUACCCCUUUAAUAAAUUGACGCAUAUUGCAAGAUAUCAAAUCAAUUGCACGUAAGGCAACAUCUUUGGAUAUCUGAAAUGAUUCACGUUCGUGUAAUCGAAAUUGAGCAGAAUAUUCUAUAAGAAACAAAUCUGAAACAUUGUCAAUGAAACCAGUAUCAAUAGUACCAGCUGCUGAGAAGUGUUGAUAACUUGCGACAUAUUCUUGAGAAAUAUCGAAAUCAAUAUGAUUGUUUGCAAAAACGUUGCCAUUCGGUAGACAUGUUGCACUGCCUUGCCUAAACGGGCAGACGAAUUUUCGUUUGCAUUUUCUUCAUCAAAACCUAAACUUACAUUUAUCGUAUUCAAAUUUUAGGAUUAAACAAUUAUACUUUUCUAUUUGCAUGUAUUACCACAUAUGAUCAUUUCGUUAAUUGCGCAUCAUCUUCAAACGAGAAUACAACGUUUUCGAUAAACGACAAAAUGAUGCCAAAUUGAUGGAGAGAUGAAAAUAAAUUUUUAUUAAUUUGUCGAUGCAACAACUUAUCAGGACUUACAGGUCCAUCGAGAUGCCAAAAAAUAAAUCAACCAAUAGCGGAAUCAAAUGAUGAUCCAGAUUUCAUUCGGAUAAUUAUCUUGAAGAUUAUAUCACCAGUUGAGCAAUCCUAUAAUAAAAUAAAAUAAUAAACGUAAUUUAGAUACCAACCCAGGUCGAAAACCUACGAGCGCAUACAAACAUAAACAACAAAAUACGACAGAAAACACCCGCCGCAUGCAGUCAUCGUAAACAACAAGAGUAUACGCUGCACUACGAUCUUAUAUGAUGCUUAUCUACGACCCUCGCGCACGUUAGUUGUAAACGAUGACCGUAUAUAAGGCACGUAAUUUUGUCGUUCGUUUCUGUUACAGGGAAAAUUACGAUCAUCACAGAUGUAAGCUAAAUCGAACUUACGGUUAGUUGUGAUCCAUGGUUCCCCUGUAGACUACUAGAAGGCGUCACAUUAUCUCGUAUGCGGUUUCUUCUUUUAGUGUGAGGGUUUUAUAUUGUUUUUCUUUACGUUGUUCUUUGUCACGGAAGUAAGAACUUAAUAAUAACGUGUACUUCUGAGGUACAAUUUCAAUUCUUUACCUUUCGAACAACAAUAAAAUUCAAUAUUAAGUGAGGUUCGGUGCAUUAAAUAUUUUUUCGGUGUGGGUGUGGGUGUGGGUGGGGGUGAGUGGGUGCGGAUCAAAAGAUGAGGAACGAGAACACACACCCACACACCUACACCCACACCCACACCCACACACCCACACCCACACACCUACACCCA